CUUAAUGUAGCUGAAAUCAGAAGGACAAAAGUGCUCAGGCUGCACUACCAGCUAAGCACACAACUCUAGGCUGGCGGUCUUUGUCAUCGAUUGAUCCGUGGAAGCAUGAGGUAGGAGCUUGUGAGGACCAGAGCUAUCUUGAACACUCCUUGUCGUCUUUUGCAGCACACCCGGCAAAGAUGCUAUUCAUGAAACCGUCAAUGCCUAAUAACCAUCCAAGUUGCCCGGAAUCAGUCAAUCGUUACCCCAAAACAAAAACAUUCAAAAUGUCCGCGUACAUUCGUCAUAUUCCUCGGGUCAGGUGCCACCUGAAACGCCUUUUUUCGUCGAAAACGACCAACUCUCCCAGCUGUGAUUCCGAUGAUUGCAAAGUCGAAAACCUCGUAUCGCCAGCGAUCAAUUCACACGUCCAGAAUGCCAUCAACGAACAGAUCAAUACCGAACUGACAGCUGGUUAUACUUACCUCUCGAUGAGUUUCCAUUUCGCCAAAUCCACCGUUGGAUUGAUAGGAUUUUCAAAACUUUACUGCAGCAUGUCCAAAGAAGAACUCGACCACGCCAAAUCCCUGGCUCAGUACCUGCUUAAACGCAACGGUUCGAUCGAUCUUGGUUCUAUACGAAAACCACCAAGCUGCAGUUGGUCCAACAUCGGAACAACACUAAACGAAACCAUACGACUCGAGAACAGCGUAUCUGAAUCACUCUCCGGGCUGUAUCGAUUGACCGAACGACACAACGACCCCGUGACCGCAGAUUUCAUCGUUACGGAAUUCUUCAAGGAACAGAUUGAAUCGAUCCGGAGUGUUAAUCUUCUGGUGGCGCGAUGGCGAACCCUGGAGAAGGCCCCGAACGGAGUCUAUCUCAUGGACCAGGAAUUGAGGAACAAAAACGAUUGAAGUCUAGUUUUAAAAUACGCUACUUAUAUUUCGGGUUAAAACAUUGCACGUGAGCCCAUGGAAUAAAAUUGUCAUUAUUGAA